AUGGCAUAUCCAGGUGAUCAGGGUGGCUAUCCGCCACCACGUGAUCUGCAGGAAUCCCAGUACCCCCCUCCGCCAGGCGAAGAGGAAGACCGCGCAAGAGGCGCAUACCAUAACCGUGGCCCGUCGGGCGGCAGCCCUCUCACCUUGCCAUCUAUCUCUGGCUACGACCAGCCAUAUCAGCUUGCCCCUGGGUACCCCGUGGACCCCAGAGGGUAUCAAUCGCAACCCUAUCGGGCUCCCCCUGGACAGUAUGACGAGAGAACCUAUCAGCAAGACUAUGGCAGAGGUGCACCGCAAAACAUGGCUUUCACUCAGUCUGCGCCUCGUCAAAGAACUGCAAUCGCGUGCAGAUAUUGCAGAAGAAGAAAGAUUCGCUGCUCCGGAUUCGAACAAAAUCCCGAAGGCCGAUGCUCGAACUGCCAACGCUUCCAGCAAGAUUGCAUCUUCACCCCCGUCUCCGCCCAAGCCCAGGCCUUCGUCCCAGCUCAUGCCGUCUUUCCCGGGAUGCGAAACAUGGGCGUUGGACCUGACGGCCGUCCGAGACCAAUGGUGUACCCACAGGGAACACAACUCUUCGGAGCACACGGUCAGCCAUUGGGACCCGCUCCUCCUCCGCAACAAAACUCGCCUUAUGAGUACCCGGCGCCCUCCCCCACAGAAUCUUACAGAUCCUUCACCGAUGAACGAGGUUCUCAACCCCCACAAGAAUCACGCAAGCGCCCGUUGCAAGAGCCACAUCCUUCUAUACUCCCGCCACCAAUCCCUGGUCAACCUAUUUACACACGUGCCGAUAGUGCCGGCCGUCGCUCAGCCGCGGAUGACGAGUUGCGCCUGCCUCCUGUCACUCCAACCGCUCCCUCGGCAGGAAAUUACUCUCCUGGGUCCUCCAGUUCGUCUCAAUCUGGUCUCCAGCCCCCCGCUCCGUCAGGACUGUCUUCCAUUACACGCACCACACCUCCCCGAUCAAGUCCCAAAGGUGGUGAAGGAAACAGAAGCGACCCCAUGAGCCUUGGCAACAUCAUGGAACGUCGACCGGAUACGGAAAUUGAUCGCGGUAUGCUGGGACGUCUGGAUCGGAAGGCGAAGUAA